AGCUGUGAAGAUGGCGGCAGUGGUGGAGGUGCAGGUUGGAGGGGGUGCUGCCGGGGAACGGGAGCUGGAUGAGGUUGAUAUGUCAGACCUCUCGCCAGAGGAACAAUGGAGGAUUGAGCAUGCACGUAUGCAUGCCAAACACCGAGGCCACGAAGCCAUGCAUGCUGAAAUGGUCCUCAUCCUCAUCGCUACCUUGGUUGUGGCCCAGCUGCUCCUGGUGCAGUGGAAGCAGAGGCAUCCCCGCUCCUACAAUAUGGUGACCCUCUUUCAGAUGUGGAUUGUUCCCCUCUAUUUCACAGUGAAGCUGCACUGGUGGAGGUUCCUAGUGAUCUGGGUCUUUUUCUCUGCUGUCACAGCCUUUGUCACCUUCCGAGCCACCCGGAAACCUUUGGUACAGACAACUCCCAGGUUGGUGUAUAAGUGGUUCCUGCUGAUCUAUAAAAUCAGCUAUGCCACUGGUAUCGUUGGUUACAUGGCUGUCAUGUUUACCCUCUUUGGUCUUAACUUACUAUUCAAGGUCAAGCCAGAAGAUGCUAUGGACUUUGGCAUUUCUCUCCUCUUCUACGGCCUCUACUAUGGAGUUCUUGAACGGGACUUUGCAGAAAUGUGUGCAGACUACAUGGCAUCUACUAUAGGGUUCUACAGUGAGUCGGGCAUGCCUACCAAGCACCUCUCAGACAGUGUGUGUGCCGUGUGUGGGCAGCAGAUCUUUGUGGACGUCAGUGAAGAGGGCAUCAUCGAGAACACGUAUAGGCUAUCCUGCAACCAUGUGUUCCAUGAGUUCUGCAUUCGAGGCUGGUGCAUUGUAGGAAAGAAGCAGACGUGUCCCUACUGCAAAGAGAAGGUAGAUCUCAAGAGGAUGUUCAGCAAUCCCUGGGAGAGGCCUCACGUCAUGUAUGGACAACUGCUGGAUUGGCUUCGAUACUUGGUGGCCUGGCAGCCUGUCAUUAUUGGCCUGGUGCAAGGCAUCAACUACAUCCUGGGCCUGGAAUAGUAGGAGGAUGAGCAUCUACCCACCACGGACCUCAGGGCACUCUCCUCCCUGCGCUCUAAGACCUCCUGGGUGGGAAAGACUCAAAGGGGCACUUGGGCCACUCAGGAUCCCUUCCCCUGACUGUGUCCAGACUGGGAAGGUACAUGAUGGAGAGCCAGCCAGUGGAGCUGUCAGCAGUGGGGGCUUUUUAAAAGAAAACUAUUUUGAUGAAUAUAUCUAAAAACCUUUUUUAUUGUGGAGCCUAGGAUUUGCUCUAACUCCUCCAGGCUUCACCCUUGCUGCUUGGGCAGGGAGGGGCAGCAGAACCAUCAUGUUUUUGGGUUAAAGGAGCCCUCUCACUUCUGGCCGGCAGCGUCACCUCCCCCUCCCUUUUCCCUCCAUGGGGCUCAAGCCUGGUACCCUCAGUGUGGAAGAGACUAAGAGCUCUUGACUGGUGCCACAGAAGAGCGCUGAGGCGUCCUCCUUUCCCGCCUGGGACCUGGGAAGACAGCGACACUCUCUCCCCUGUCCAGGUGCGAUAGGCCGGUUGAGGCAAUUGGAACCUUGUGAUUUUUCCCACAAGGGAAGUCCUGGGGCCUUAGAACUCAUCGAAAAUUUACUUGGGGACAGCUUAGCAUGAUAGCCUGCCCCCAAGCAGGGCUGUGCUCAGCUGAGGACAGAUGCCAUCCAGGUGUGGCUGGCCUGCAGGGCUACUUCAGCAGCAGUGAUUGUACACACUGUCCCUGUAGCGAGGAAGUAGUGACAUGUGCCAAAGGCUGAGCUGCCACUUCUCUUCUUCCCUGAAAGCCUGACUUGAGCGUAUAUGCGUGCAAUGGCAGCGGGCCUGUGGCAGGCGUAAGACUGUGCAAUCAGUGUGUCCUUGAAGCUGGCAGAGAGAUCCCUCCAGGGACUAGACUCUGUCAGCCUUGUCACUUGUGGGCCCUGCCUGGGCCUGGUAACAGGAGGAGUGGGGCAAGUGGGAGAAGAGGGUGAGGCCCCAGCAAGCUCCUUUCUGAGAGGGAACUGAGGCAGGAGAAAAAUGUCAGCUAGAGCCCUGGAGAAGAGGAAGUAAGUGUAGUUUACAUCUAAAACUGGGAAUAGCUCCAGCUCUGGUCCUGGGAAUUUUGAAGGAAAUGGGAGGGCAAACCUUGGCCUUCAGCAGUGGGUUCCUAGGGAAUCUGCUGGCUGGGUCACCUUUUCAAGGGCAGCAAGAAUCAACAAGCUCUUGUCACUCUGUUUUGAAUAAAGCUCCAUGAGCUGGGUUGGAAAACUGACCCUCCAUCUUGCUUUUCUUCUCCCUACCUUUUCCUCUGGGGUACCUGAGUUGCCUUACCUUUGCUGCCUUUUGCUGCUCCCAUUUGAGAGCUGGGGCUAGGGGUGGUGGGGUACCUCGCUCCUGUCCUGGGGCAUUACUGGGCCCCUCAGAUCUUACCACUUGAGGUCUUUCCUCAGGUACCCUGCUGCUUUCCUCCCUUCUCAUGGGCCGCUUGCAGCAUCGCCUUCUCUUACGCAGCUGCACCUUCUGUGGCCCCUGCUGCUUGUGCCUGUGGGCCCUCUCUGAGGGAGGAAGGGGGCUGACUGCAGGAUCUGGGUUACCCUUGUACUUCAUCCCCAGUCUGGCUCAUGUGAGACCGAGGCCAGCUGACCUAUGUAUACGCUUCAUACUUCAGUUGUCCUGGUUCCCAUGACCUCCCAGUGGCCCAACUCUGGAAUUCUCCCUCCCCUCCCCACCCCUCUCAGAAGUGUCUCUUGGGUUAGUCUCACCACCUGACCAUUUCUCUGUAGUUUGCAACUUAGGAACUGAGGCAGGGGGAAAAUGUCAACUAGCGCCCUGGAGAAGAGGAUGUAAGUCUAGUUCACAUCUAAAACUGGGAAUAUGAAUGAUUUUUACACACAUACACACACACACACACACACACACACACACUUAGAGCAGAUGAUACCCUGACACCUUCUCCAAACCCUGUUCUAUUGCCUGGCAUCCCUGGCUGUUGUCCUCCUCCUAUCAGAAAGCACAGAUGUGAGACCCGCAGGCCCUAUCCUUCACAGUGGCACAGUCCUGACCGCUAGUGUCAGACAUGUGCACCCCAACAGCAGCACGUGCAGUGUUGUCCCUGGUGCUUGCUGGCCUUAACCCUAGUCCCGGCCCUGCCACCACCCAGCUCCGUUUGUUCCAUCAGGACCAAACUAAUAGGUAAGUAAGUCGUCUGCUUUUUGAGCCAGUAAGAGGCCAUUUGCCCAUCUUGCCUGGGAAGUGCCUGUUCCUCCUCCUAGGACCAGUUCUCCCGGUGCCUACAGUGAAGGGGGAAUUUGAAGUAGGAGCAUUCGUCAUGGGCUCCUUGGGGGCUCCACGACAGUCAGGACUUCUGAUGAACGGAAGCUUGUGGCUGUGGCCAAGGAAGGAGCUGGAUGAAGACGUGGGAAGGGCUUGCAGCUGGGAGGGUGGUGCUAGGCUAAUGGAUGGGGAGAGUAAGGAGCUGAGGUCAGCAUGUGGAUGGGCUGUUCGUGCAGUUGAGCCUGAAAUGGUCCGUGACCAUCUUGGGUCUCUGGUGCCUAGGAGAGUUGUCCCCUUAAAUAUCAGGGUGAAUGUGAAGGAAGAAGGAGAAGGCUUAGCAGACUGGGUGGACCUCACGGUCCUGACCCUUGACUGAGAUGGGUGCAUGGAACUGUGAGGCUCUCAGUAGUCACUGUGUCACCUUGGUUUGAUAUAAGAUCCCAGUCCAAUGUCAAAUUGGGGGGAAGGGAGUAGGGGCCUGGCAUGACUGUUGUCUCCACAAGUAUUCAAGCUCUGAAUCCCCUCACUAGAGUAAACGUGAAACUGAAACCAUGGGAAGGGGCUGGGUAUUCCAGGAUCUCACUCCUCUUCCCAGAACCAACUCCACAGUGAAAAGCCUGCCUCUCGAUGACUAGGUAAGUCCUGGGCUCCUUUGGCCUUCGGUUUCUCUAUCUCUGCAGUGAAGGAAUUAGUUUAGAUGAAUAGCCAACACAUGUUCGUGGGAAUACGAGAUGGAGCUACAGGGACAGUCACUAGAGGGGACUCUGCCUUUAUUUCUAAGUGUGAAUGAGCCUUUCUCAGUCCAGGAUGCCAGUUCUUGGGGGUUACCAACUGGGCCAGAUGGACAGGACAGAGUAAUUAUCAGUGGCUGGCAGCUCACCGGAAGUCCAGACCCAGGGAGGGGCUAUGGAGUUUUCAGGAAGGAGUGCCAUGCUUAGGGGUAGGAUUUAAACAAGCAGCUUGUUUUUCUUCCCCUUCCUAUCAACUACCAUUUAACAAUCAAAAGACAGUUGUCACAGAUAUAUAGAGGCAGCCUCCUGACACAAGUGUCAAGACUGUGAGACCAAACUGGACACUGGACACUGAUAGGUGGCUGUGUGGGGGGGGGGGGUCUGAAGAGAGGGGAACAGUGUGACUUGCCCCAGUCUUAACCCACAUGAUCUUCUACUUUUGUGCUGUUGCUUUCAGCCUCAGUCCAGUUCUAAGGCUCUGGCUGCAUUCCAAACUCCUCCAGGAGGUAGGGGCUGAGGAGUCCUCUGAUUCCCUCAGCCUGAGUUAUGACCAGUGAGGUGCCAAGGUAGGAUGCUGAGUGUCUGCAGGUAGUGGGACCACUGCUGACUGUCUUUUCCUCAGAUCCCAGCCCUGUGAAAGUCCUGCUCUGUGCCCACAUUGUC